AAAUCCGACGACAUAAAAUUUUGGAAUAAAAAAAAACAAAAAGCUGAAUAGAAUGUCAAAUACUCGAUAUUAUGAAUUAUAUAGAAGAAGUUCUAUUGGUAUUUCUUUGACGGAUGCUUUAGAUGAUUUGAUUCGUGAAGGACAAAUUCCACCUCAAUUAGCAAUGAAAAUUCUUUUAAAUUUUGAUAAAAGUAUUACCGAUAAUCUGACAGAAAAAGUCAAGUCUCGUAUGACAUUUCGUGGACAUCUUGAUACCUACAGGUUUUGUGAUGAAGUAUGGACCUUUAUUAUUAAAAAUCCAAGUUUUCGUUUGGAAAAUGAUACAAUGAUAUCAGAUAAGAUAAAAAUAGUUGCAUGUAAUUCUAAGAAACCCGGUGAUGUUUAAUUCAUACUUUGGACUUCAUAUAUUUUUUAAUAUAUAAAUGCAUUCUUAUUUUUAAACUGUUCUUUGGAUAUUCAAUUUACAUUAAGGUUGAUCUCGAUUUAAUUUAAUAGAAAAAAAAAUUAUGAAAAAUAAUGAAUAAAUAAAUAAAUAUUUAGCAUAGGUUUUUAUAUUUUUAGACCUUUAAAAUUCUAUUUUGUUUAUAAAAUGUCUAUCAUUAGUCAUUUUUGCUUAGAUAUCU